CGGGGGUGGGGCGGGCGGUACCAUCGGGGCGAGGGCGGUGCACGAGGCUGCCCCCCCACCCCCGGUUGAGAUGGUCCGGGCCGCGUGAGGGCGGGGCCAGCCGGGACCCUAGUGUAGACGCGGCGCCGGGUCCGAGCACCCCCGCGCUUCCCUGCUCCUCGCGCCGGCUCCGGCCCCCGGGGGCGCGGCCGCCCGGAGCCCGGUUUCCUGCAGAGUCCUUUGGUGACAGAAUGACACUAUGGAUGUUGGGGGUAAUCCCCUUCUCCCUGACAGCGUCCUCUAUGAGAUCUUCCUCUACCUGGACCACGUAGACGUGCUCUCAGCAACACUGGUGUGUCGGCAGUGGCACGCAGUGGCCCGGGAUGAGUUCUUGUGGAAGGAACUAUUUUAUCGAUACUACCGGAUUUCUCGGGAAGUGCCGCGGCACCCAGUCGCUGUUUCCUGGUACGAUGAGUUCCAGAGACUCUAUGACACCAUCCCGUGCGUUGAAGUACAGACCCUCAGGGAGCACAGUGACCAGGUCUUGCACCUCAGCUUCUCCCAUUCUGGCUACCUGUUUGCAUCCUGCUCCAAGGACUGCACUGUUAAGAUCUGGAACAACGAGCUGGACAUCUCCUUGCUGCACAGCUCCAACAUGAGGCCGUACAAUUGGAGCUACACGCAGUUUUCCCAGUUCAAUUCAGAUGACUCCCUUCUCUUGGUGUCAGGUGUCUUUGUGGGGCCUCACAAUUCCUCGUCUGGAGAGAUCGCUGUCAUCAGCAUGGAAAACUUCUUACUCCUCUCUAGGGUGAGGAACAAACCCUACGACGUGUUUGGCUGCUGGCUGAACGAAACCAACCUGAUUUCUGGCAACCUGCACCGGAUUGGGCACAUCACCUCCUGCUCUGUGCUGUGGCUGAACAACGCCUUCCAGGGCAUAGAGUCUGAGAAUGUAAAUGUAGUGAAAAGACUGUUUAAAAUCCAGAACUUAAAUGCCAGCACUAUCCGGACGGUGAUGGUGGCAGACUGCAGCCGGUAUGACUCCCCUGACCUGCUCCUGGACUAUGGGGAGCAGUUAGCUGCUGCUUCCACCUCCCCUUGCCAGGUCUUUGACCUUGGCAGUGACAGUGAGGAAGAGGAGGCAAAACCCAAACAGAACUUGACAUCAGAGCUGGCAGCGCAGGAAUCCUCAGAGGAUGGGAGCGUGACAGCAGGGGGUGGGCUACAGCAGUUCCUGGACGACAUCAUGGAAGGUCGUGUGAGACCCCUCAUGACUGAAAAAGAGCUGGAGACAAAGGUGGCUGAGCUGCUUGCAAGGAACAGGACAAAGCCACCUGAACUGAACUUGGUCCCCACCGAUGGCCACAGCAAGAAGAAAUACCUGAUCUUCACCACAGGAUGCCUCACUUACUCGCCACACCAGAUUGGGAUCAAGCAGAUCUUGCCUCAUCAGAUGACGACAGCAGGGCCAGUGCUGGGGGAGGAGAGGCGUUCAGAUGAAUUCUUCGACUCGCUGGAUCAUGUCAUUGACAUCCAUGGGCACAUCAUUGGCAUGGGCCUCUCUCCUGACCACAGGUACCUGUAUGUGAACAGCCGGGCCUGGCCUCAGGACUGCGUCAUCUCGGACCCCAUGCAGCCACCCCCCAUUGCAGAGGAGAUCGACCUGCACGUGUUUGACCUGAAGACAAUGAAGGAGGUGAAGCGAGCCUUGCGGGCUCACCGGGCCUACACCCCCAAUGACGAGUGCUUCUUCAUCUUCCUUGAUGUCAGCAGGGACUUCGUAGCCAGUGGGGCAGAGGAUCGUCAUGGCUACAUUUGGGACCGGCACUACAACAUCUGCCUGGCCAAGCUGCAACACGACGAUGUGGUCAACUCCGUGGCAUUCAGCCCCAUGGAGCAGGAGCUGCUCCUGACGGCCAGUGACGAUGCCACCAUCAAAGUGUGGCGCUCUCCCCGUUCCGUGCGCAUCCAGCAGGCCAGGAAGCCCAGGCCCAGGAAGCUGCUCUUCUCCUGGCUCCUGAACCAGAAGAGCUGAAAUGAGGCAUCCACUCCUGUGACUUUCUCACGCCAGUCACUGCCCUCAUGGGGCUCUUGGAGGGGGGAGCCUCAGGCCCUGCACAAUGGAGAGGAGCUGCUUGCACACCCAGCCCUUCAGCCAGGGCAGGGGGGGAACUACAUUCUCUCCAUCUGCGCCUGUUAAUAAUUGAGCCCCUGCCCUGGGGGCUGUGAGCUGGGCCUGAUCAGAUGUAGCCUUUGGCUGAUCACUGCAGGGCUGUGUGUGGUUUUUUUCCCCCUCAGCUUCUCACAAGUGCUGCUACUUGGCUCCAACUACUUCCAGCCAGGCUUUGGCUACUGCAGAGCACAGGCGGAGGCUGCUGUUUCUUGGAUCUGUUCCAGGGGUUUGGGAUGGGGCUGGGCUCAUUGAGAGCAGUUGGCUGCAGACCACUUGGGCAUGGGCAGGCUGAGCUGCUUUACAGCAGGACUCUUUAAUGUAGCUGAGUUUUAUGAAUGUGUCUUUUGCCCUGACCAUCAAGAGGCAGCUCACCUCCCUGCAGGGGCAUUACUGGAUCCCUGGUACUAGUUUGGAGGGAUUGGAACAGCUAAGGCUCUUGAACUGGGGAGUGCAUGCCUGGAAGCUAGCUAAGCAAUGCAAACCUGUUUGUGGCAGCUAGUAAAUGUCUUCAUUUGGAUCUGGCUUGAAAUGCAGCCAGCUGCAGAAUGGAUCCUCUGAUUAGCAAUGGGAAGGGUAAGGUGUUUAGUUCCUACACUAUAGUACAUGGGAAGUGAGUGGUGUCUCCUGUUGCUGUCUGUGCCCCAUUGUCUGAUCCAAGCUGCUAAAUAGCACAAAGUGGCUAUGAUUGUAGUACUUAAUACCUUUUAAAACAAGUUGUCCAUUCUCAUGGCUCCCCAACAGGACAACUCAUGUUGUGGCUAAGGGGGGGGGGUGGUUCACAGGGUCUGGCUGAUAGUGUGUGGUGCACGUUGUGACAAGUUGGGAGCUGUUGGUGAAUACACUGUCUCCAGGAACAUCCUUGAAGGAGAGAUCAAAAAACAUUCCUCUCCAGAAUGCUGGAGUGGUUUCCCAGAACUGCCACAAGCUGAUCCAUCCUGGGUUAGAGUGGUCCUUGGGUGUUACUUUAUUACAUACAAGACCUGUAUGGACCUGGGACUUAAGUCAUUAUAAGCGGAGCUCCCUCUCCAGUGAGAGUGUGUUUUGAACUGAACAGGCUUUUGGAGGUUAAUAGGUUUGUGUUGAAAAUAAUUAGCCAUAGUUUUUGUUGUGUUUGUUUGUUUGUUAACUUUGGGCUCCUAAAUCCACUUGGCCUGGGCUUCUGCAAGACCAGGGACCUGCAGCUCUAUUAACUUACUUUUGCUAGUGUUCCUCAGUCUCUUUUAACAACAGAUAGUUUGACUGUAGGUACCCAGAGGGUCCUUCUGAAAUGGGAAACAACAGCCUGUGUCUAUAAAGUGUCUGGGGAAAAGACUUUUAAAACUUCUUCUGCUCUGUCCUGGAGGGCUGCCACAUGUGGCAGCUCUGUGCCACCUGGAUAGGCUUUAAGGGUCAAAAAUAAAGCUAGUUGGAGCCUCUGUUUAUCCCUAUUAAACUGCAGGUUUCUGAACUAGAGUGCACCACUGGGUUUUAACUGCUCCUGGUGUAUAUGUCCAGAAGAUUGAUUUCCAUACUUGCUGCUUGUCCCUAACUACACAAGUUCACUUAGUGCCCCUGCCCCGGUACUCAGGGUUUAAUUUGUCACUAGCAGAAGCAACUUCCUCAUGAAGGAUGGAGUCCUGCCCACUCCUGGCUCCAAGUACACAGGCACUUUCCUUCUUGAGUAGGGCAAGUCCAGCUGUAUGUUGGUCUGUAACAACAUCCCCACUAACCUGAUCCCCUUAAUUAUUUUUAAGUAUUUUGGGUAUUGUGAGGGCUGCUCCUGCACUGGGUUUAGCACACAGUACCCCAGCCCGCUCUGGCUCUGGGCUCCCUAUGCAUGGACUGUAACCGAGCCAGCCACCAAGGGUUGAUGUUUGUACAAGUUUUGCUCCUCGCUACGGCACUGAAUAAAUAUUCUGCUUA